UGCAGAGCUCGUGGACGCGGCGGCAGUAGCGGCGUACAGCAGCGCACCGAACGCGGCCAACUUCGCCACAAAGCCGCCACUACUGCACAAUAAACACGCCAUGUCGGAGCGAAGGAGACUCUGUGGAUCUGACUGCGCGCGGUCCUACUACUAGCGAGCGUGUGUGCGCGCGUGUGAGAGAGAGAGAGCGAGAGGGAGAGAGAGAGAGGAGUGAAAGAGAGAGACAAGGAGAGGGCUGCUCUUUUGCUUUCUGUGGAUAUCGCCUUCAUGGACGGGCAACGGGGCUUUUACGAGAUGGAGAACCCGGCAGAGAACCCCAGCAAGGCGGCGGAGUAUCUGAAGGAGCUGAAUAAGAUCAUCGAGACCCAGCAGGGGCUGCUGGAGAAGCAGAGGGUCCGGAUUGAGGAGCUGGAGCUCCAGGUGACGGAUCUUUGCAAGGAAAACGUCUGUCUAAAAGAUCAGCACCAACGGCACCUGGCCACCUGCAGGCUCCAACAGGGCAACCUCUCCGCCCUGGGAGCCAUCAAAGAGAAUGUCAUGCAGGAAAAGCGGCACGCCUCAUUGCCCGUAGAAGUCUCUGAGAUCCCUCUAAACCUUUUUGCCCCUCCAUGUAGAAGGAGUUACCCCUGUCGCAAAUGGAAGUCUGCAUCUUUUGGACCGGACACAGAGGUCCCCAGCUCCGUCAUGAUUCACAGACGCCACCAUCACUCUGUGGAAGGUGAUGCUCCAGGAACUGAAGUGGGAGCUUCUGUGGACCCUAGUGGUGGCUACAGUUGUGUCCCAGUGACCCACAGCGGCGGGCUCGGCCCCGACCACCUGGACAGCCAGCUCUACGGGCACAUCUUGCUGCCAGGCCACCCACGGCCCAGACGGCCCAAGCUUCAGCACUCUCAGUCCAUCCUCCGCAAGCAAGCAGAAGAGGAGGCAAUCAAGCGCUCCCGCUCGCUGUCAGAGAGCUAUGAGCUCUCAUCUGACCUACAGGACAAGCAGGUGGAGAUGCUAGAGCGCAAAUAUGGUGGGCGUUUCAUAACCCGGCAUGCUGCCCGCACCAUACAGACAGCUUUCCGCCAAUACCAGAUGAACAAAAACUUUGAGCGUCUUAGAAGCUCUAUGUCUGAAAACCGUAUGUCCAGACGGAUCGUCCUAUCCAAUAUGAGAAUGCAGUUUUCCUUUGAAGGACCUGAAAAAGUCCAUAGCUCCUACUUCGAGGGAAAGCAGGUCUCUCUAACAGAUGAUGGCACUAAAAUUGGCGCACUGAGGCAGUCAGACCAUGGCGGGGAGAUGGGUGUGCAGGCCAAGACCCCCACCACACAGAGCGACUUCACAGAUGCCAUCACAGAACUAGAAGAUGCCUUUUCAAGGCAGGUGAAAUCUCUAGCCGAGUCCAUAGAUGAUGCUCUGAACUGCCGCAGCCUACAUGGUGAAGACAGUCAGUCAGAGCCAGGGAGAGGCCUCCAGGAUAUGGACAGAGAGGUCACCUGUCAGGUGAAACCCUCCCACAGCGCCUCAGAACACCGUAAACUCGAUGAGAUGACGGCGUCUUACAGCGAUGUCACCCUGUACAUCGACGAAGAGGAGUUAUCACCACCCCUGCCUCUUUCUCAGUCUGUAGACCGGCCCUCAAGCACAGAAUCAGACUUGAAACCAGAAAAAGGCAUUCAGUAUCUGAUAGAGCGAAACUUUGUUCCAGACACUCCGGUGGGUGUGGCCCACUUCCUGCUCCAGAGGAAAGGCUUGAGUAGGCAGAUGAUUGGCGAGUUCCUGGGUAAUCGGCAGAAACAGUUCAACCGGGAUGUCCUCGACUGCGUAGUGGAUGAAAUGGACUUCUCAGCUAUGGAGCUGGAUGAAGCGCUCAGGAAAUUCCAGGCACACAUCAGAGUCCAAGGGGAAGCACAGAAGGUCGAGCGACUGAUAGAGGCCUUCAGCCAGCGUUACUGCAUCUGCAACCCCGGUGUGGUGCGACAAUUCAGGAACCCCGACACCAUCUUCAUCCUUGCCUUUGCAAUCAUCCUCCUCAACACUGACAUGUACAGCCCCAACGUCAAGCCUGAGAGGAAGAUGAAGCUGGAGGACUUUGUUAAGAACCUUAGAGGAGUCGAUGAUGGGGAGGACAUCCCCCGAGAGAUGCUCGUAGGGAUAUACGAACGGAUUCGCAAGCGUGAGCUCAAGACUAAUGAAGACCACGUCUCCCAGGUUCAGAAAGUGGAAAAGCUAAUCGUUGGAAAAAAGCCAAUCGGCUCUUUACAUCAUGGUCUUGGCUGUGUACUAUCUCUACCCCACCGGAGACUGGUCUGUUACUGCAGACUUUUUGAAGUGCCCGACCCCAACAAACCUCAAAAGUUGGGCCUGCACCAAAGGGAGAUCUUCCUUUUCAAUGACUUGCUAGUGGUUACAAAAAUCUUCCAGAAGAAAAAGAAUUCUGUGACGUACAGCUUUCGACAGUCCUUCUCUCUUUAUGGCAUGCAAGUCCUCCUCUUUGAGAAUCAGUACUAUCCCAAUGGCGUUCGCCUGACUUCAGCCAUUCCUGGAGCUGAUAUCAAAGUUCUCAUCAACUUCAACGCACCCAAUCCUCAGGACCGCAAAAAGUUCACUGAUGAUUUGCGAGAAUCUAUUGCAGAAGUCCAAGAGAUGGAGAAGUACCGGAUAGAAUCUGAGCUAGAAAAACAGAAGGGCGUGGUGAGGCCUAGCAUGUCCCAGAGCUCCGGGUUAAAGAAGGAUGCAGGAAAUGGAAACCUGAGCCGAGCAAGCCUCGACGACAGCUAUGCCAUCGGUGAAGGUCUGAAGAGAAGUGCCCUCAGCAGCUCCCUACGCGAUCUCUCAGAUGCAGGCAAGCGUGGGAGACGCAGCAGUGCAGGAUCACUAGACAGCAAUAUGGAAACCUCUGACAUCAACAAGAAAGGGUCCAUCAUUAGCAGUCCUCACAUGCGGCGGAGAGCCCCCUCCAGCCGAGACUGCCCAUCCCGUCACAGCGCCCAGUCCCUGCCCAACUCUUCCUCGUUGCUCGGAUCGUUGUUCGGCACCAGGCGUGUGAAGUCGCCCAGCCCCACCCCUCAGCCCCAGCUGCACCCUACUCUCAUCUCCCACACCCCGCACCCAGCCAACCUGCACCACACAGCCCGCGUGGAGACGGAAGGACCGGUGCCCAUGCACCCGCACCACGCCCAGUUCUGCCACAUGACCCAGAACCCACCCCCUUAUCACCACCAUCACCACUACCACCCGCCGGCCCACUUGCAGCACCCACCGCACCAGUACCACCCUCCCCCGUCUCACAGCCAGCAGCAGCCGUACCCGGCUCAUCCUCACGGGCCCCACGGGCACGGGAGCCACCCACCGCACUCCUCCACCCACCCCACUCACGGCCCUCCCCACCACCACGGCGCGCCGCCACCAUCCUCCCAGGGACCCAGCAGCACCAAGCCCAAGCACAGCGGCAUCAGCACAGUGGUGUGAGGGGCAGGGCGUCCUCUCUGGACCCUGCAGCUGAACUUUUUCCUCCCGGGCUGACAUGAUGGUGGCACUGUGCAUCGCCGGUCUGGGGCUACGAAGCCAGACGAGAUCCCGUUGUGCCUCCUUCGGAUUUUUUUUCCUUUCUUUUAGAGCCGCUUCUGUCAUUUUGUUUCAGGACAUAAGACACGUCUACCCGCUUCAGGAGCAGCAGACAAGAGCAUGCACAAAGACCACAACUACUGUUUGUUUCUCAGUAAACUACCGGAACUCGCUUACUAGUAUUUUACACAAGAAGUACAUAUUAAUCUUCACACAGUAACUUUAAACGUUGUCAAGACGGUUUGGCUGAACAGACACGAAGACGACAGCUCAGCCGUGGCUGUGCAAGUAUUUAAUGUAGCAGUAGCUCACAGUGCACUGUGAUAUCUCUGUUAGCAGUGAUAAAUGUGCCAAUUAUUAAAGCAUUUACUAAUUUAGUCACA